CAUCUCUUCCUAGCCUCUUAUCUUAUUCAACUUCUUAUAAUUUGUCCUUAUAUUUUGGCUCUGAAUAGCCAUCAAAGUGCUGAUGGUGAUCAUUCCCUACGGGCCCGACAUCUUUCUGGAGGUGGGGUUUCUUCGUCCUCUGGCAAUGAGAAGGUAGUUUUCAAAUCGAACACUGGCCAGGCAACCACUUCACGCCGAAUGGAUGAGGAGGAAGACCCAUUGCUAUGGCCUUCCUUACUUGUGAGUAGCGCAGAGAGCCGUGCCGUCUUUGCGUCUUCUUCUUCAGCAUACCCGUCAUCAUUACCCUCAAUCUCAGUACCAAAACUACUUGAAUUUUCCACGCAGAACGAAGCCACCGCCGUACCCGAACCUACAGUUUCCAGCUGUCAAUCAGAAGUAUCUCCUUUAGCCGGAUCGAUGAGGAUACGUCGUACCGGGAGGUCUCAUCAGGUGAAAUUUUCACAGAUUGGCUACUCUAUUGUAACCGUAUGA